UACGCGAUCGUCUGCACUCAAGGAAUUGGUGGUGUAAGCGAGGGAAGAAGUAAGAGACACACGGCUGCUUCAAAUGCCAUGGAACGGUAACGACGGGAAUGCACAGUUUCUUCAAAGGAUGAGUGGGGGAUAGACUCAGUGUGAAAGUGCAUAGCUUAUAGAUCGAUGUUGUAGUUUACUCGUCAAGUUUCGUCUGCUACUGCUAGUUGGAAUAUCAAUCCUGUGUGCGCUAUGUGUUUUUGACAUCGAAUUUAUCGUCGACAGCAAGCAUUAACCCGCCGGUGCACUAGAUUUUCAUGAUACAGGCUUGUACACAAACGGACCCUAGCUUUGCUUGUAUCAACGACUGUGGAGUGGUUUCUAUUAGCAUGAAAAUACUAAUGCAUUAGGUGUCGACUCGGUAACAACAGCUUGCGAGGGAGUAAGGCAGGCCUGUCUGCCGCAAUAUAACUGGAGUGUCGGAAAGUCGCCUGUGCCAAACCCUUCGCUACCUUACACGGUAGCUAGCGCCUUUGACUCGAGCUGUCUUUCUAAAGAUAGAUUUUCGCGUAGUAUUACAUGUGUAGUCUUACUAGUAAAGAGAAAUCCGGACCUUGUGCUUUACUACCAUUUCUACUGAUACCUGCCUAUUGAUUUCAUUGACUGUUCACAAGAGCGAUAGGUACACAACAGCUUUUUUCAUUGGACAAAAACAAAAUGUGCGAACCCAGCAAUCGGACCUGGUAAGACUGGUAAGACUGUUCAGAGAGGCAGACGUAUACACACAAAUUUAUAUAUAUAUAUAUCAGUAUAUUGACUGAAUGGAUAUUUGUGCCGUGUAUUCUAAAGAGAAGCUCACUUAAAUAUUUUUUGUUUAUUACCAGAAUUUCAGCCAUUCCAUACCUUUAAUCAUGGGUUUUAUGAAAUACUUUUCUGGAUUUACUAGGAGCAAGGGUUCCCUUCAAGCAGGUAUUGGGGUUGUGUUUGUUUUGGCAGUACUGCUAGACCUCACUUCAGUGUCUCUAGCCACGACAACUACAACUACAUCCCCAGUUGCAGGUUCAUCUACAGCUUCUAAUAAUGAGAGUGAUAAGAAUACAUGUGACAGGACAGCAUCACCAUGCAAAAAAGGUGUUCUUAUUCCACUUUGGUCACCAACUGGAGAUCUAAGUGUUGGAGACAAAGCUGCAAGGGCAACAGUUUAUAUGACCGCAAUUAUUUACAUGUUUUUGGGAGUAUCCAUCAUUGCGGAUCGCUUCAUGGCUGCCAUUGAAGUCAUCACAUCCAAAGAGAAAGAAGUUGUCAUCAAGAAACCCAAUGGUGUAACCGCUGUUGUAAACGUUCGAAUUUGGAAUGAAACUGUCUCUAACUUGACUCUCAUGGCUUUAGGAUCAUCAGCUCCAGAAAUUUUGCUAUCUAUUAUUGAAAUAUGUGGAAACAAAUUUCAAGCUGGAGAUUUAGGUCCAAGUACAAUUGUGGGAAGUGCUGCAUUUAAUUUAUUCGUCAUCAUUGGUCUAUGUGUAUAUUGUAUCCCAAAUGGUGAAGUUCGACGCAUUAAACAUCUGCGUGUAUUUUUCAUCACUGCAACAUGGAGUGUGUUUGCCUAUCUCUGGUUGUACUUCAUCCUAUCUAUUUCAUCUGUUGGAGUCGUUGAUUUGUGGGAAGCUGGACUGACAUUGUUAUUCUUUCCAGCAACUGUUGCAACAGCAUAUGUUGCGGACCGAAAAAUCCUCAUUUACAAAUUUUUGUCCAAAAAGUAUCGUACAGGCAAGAGGAAAGGUGUUGUUAUCCAAACAGAAGGGGAUGCUGAAAUGGCAGCAAGUCCCGAAGAUGAUGUCCAGUUCAAAGGAAUAGAUGCUGAGGAUUCCGAUGUCAAGAACUUUGAACAACACAGAAAUGAAUUUAUCGAAAUUAUGCGUGAGCUGAGGAAGAAAAAUCCAAACUUGGACAUGAAAGCUCUUGAAGAAAUGGCUGAAUAUGAAGCUGUAAACCGUGGACCUAAAAGUCGAGCAUUCUACAGAAUCCAGGCUACCAGAAAACUGACUGGUGGUGGCAAUGUCAUAAAAAAGGCAAAGAUUGAACGAAGGGCCAGUGUAGAAGAUGUUAAAGUUGAAGUUCGUGGUGAUCCCAAUGUCACCAAGGUCUUCUUUGACCCAGGACACUACACUGUCAUGGAAAACGUUGGUACCUUCAAUGUAACAGUGAGCAGGGAAGGAGGGGACCUUAGUAAGACCCUCUAUGUUGAUUAUAAGACCGAGGAUGGCACUGCCAAUGCAGGUUCUGACUACAUGUAUGCUGAAGGGACCCUGGUGUUCCAACCAGAGGACAUCCACAAGCAGUUCCCACUCGCCAUCCUUGAUGAUGACAUUUUUGAAGAAGAUGAACAUUUCUACAUUCGUCUGAGCAAUCUUCGUCUGGGAGACUCACAAGGCAUGUUCGAAAGCGGAACACAGAAUGCCAAGGCCGAGUUGGAUACACCGUUCAUGGCAACUGUAAUGAUCCUUGAUGAUGACCAUCCAGGUAUCUUUCAUUUUGAUGAAACUGAAGUUACAAUUACUGAGUCUGUCGGAGAGAUGGGUAUUAGAGUUGUCCGGUCGUCUGGUGCGCGUGGAAUAGUCAAAGUGCCGUACCAUGCAGUUGAUGGAACAGCAAAGGCUGGACGUGACUAUGAAGUUGAAUAUGGUGAACUUACCUUUGACAAUGAUGCAACUGAACAAGAGAUAAGGAUACGUAUUAUUGAUGAUGAAGAGUACGAGAAAUCUGAACACUUCACUGUCAUCCUGGAUGAGCCAUACCUGGUUCGAAAAGGCUCAGACGAAGAUUCUGACCAAGCAGAGUCUCCGGUAGCAGUAGGUAAAUACAAUGAUGAAAGAUUGACCAAUGCUGAGGACCCCAGCCUUGCAGACAUGGCCAAACCCAGACUUGGAGAUAUUACCAAUGUGGCUGUCACAAUUAAGGAAUCUCUGGAAUUCAAGAGUGUUGUGGACAAGCUGCUGAAGAAGGCCAAUGUAUCCCUGGUUGUUGGAACAUCGUCCUGGAGGGAGCAGUUCUCAGAAGCCAUCACUGUCAGCGCUGGUAUGGAUUCAGAAUAUGAGACUGGUGAUGAAGAUGAGUCCGAUGAAGAUGCUGAAGAGAAGCUGCCGAGCUGCAUGGACUACGUCAUGCACUUCCUCACCCUCUUCUGGAAGGUCCUGUUUGCCUGUGUGCCACCCACUGACUACUGGGGCGGCUGGGCUUGUUUCCUUGUGUCCAUCAGUGUCAUUGGUUUCCUGACAGCCCUCAUUGGAGAUUUGGCCUCUAGUUUUGGCUGCACUGUUGGUCUCAAGGACUCGGUGACUGCAAUCUCAUUCGUAGCUCUUGGCACUAGUGUACCAGAUACAUUUGCUAGCAAAGUUGCAGCUGUCAAUGACAAGUAUGCUGAUUCCUCCGUGGGUAACGUGACUGGAAGUAAUGCUGUGAAUGUUUUUCUUGGUAUCGGAAUUGCAUGGACAAUAGCAGCUGUUUACUGGGCAAUAAAAGGAGAAAAAUUCACAGUAGAUCCAGGCUCCCUUGCAGUGUCAGUCACCGUGUUCUGCUGUCUUGCAGUUGUUGCUAUAGCUAUCCUGGUUGUGAGAAGACAACCAUUCGUUGGAGGUGAACUUGGUGGCCCAACGAAAUACAAAUAUUCAACAGCGAUCUUUCUUGUAUGUCUAUGGCUGAUCUAUCUUCUUAUAUCAUCUUUUGUUGCCUACUGCUACAUCCCUACAUUUUAAGUCCCAUACAAGUCCAAAUGUCCUUACAAACUCCUUGCCCCUAACAUGGUGGCUGAGCCAAGCGACUGACUUUAUUUCAUGUGACUGGUGAGUGCUGUCAAAAGGUUGGCUGUCCAAGAUUCACAUGAUCUCAAAGAACAAGGCCUGUCAAUCAGUCUAUGGAGAUCACGGAGUUCAGAGUUCAUGGAGUUCGGAAAAUGAAAGAUUUUAGGUUCAGAGGUGGUUUCAGUUUCUCAAGGACUUAAGAGACCAAAGUAUAUAUGGUAAAAGAUGAAUGAAUGAAGCUGUGAAUUGUUCUGUUAGAAACAAGGAAUUCUUUUUCAUUCCUGCAUAAAAAAUUUGAGUUGACAGGUCUGAAAACUGUAUUGGUGGCAGCACAGCAUGAUCAUGUCGAACAUCCCAGGAAAGUGUUAAUGUCUUCAGUGAUUCGUAUGUGAAAGUGGAGUGUUUUCCUCUCAAAGUGGAACACGAAUCCUUGCCUUCUCUUGCAUCAAGAAGGGAAAGAGGAGAAGCUAAUCUGAAGAUCAUCAAUUGAUUGCACAUUUGACAUCAGCGAGGUAACUGACUGAUGGUGCCAACGUGGUAUCAGGGAAGAGGGCAACAUGUCAGGAAUUAAGAGUGUGUGGGUCAAGAAUGGCAUACAAAUGUUUCCAUGUCAGGCCGAAAGAACAGUUCCUUUGUGCUAACAAGGCUGAGUGGUGAUUCUGAAAGAACAAAUGGUUUCAGAGCAGUAGAUAGAUCUAUAUUUAUGUACAGUAUGCCAUUUGCAACAAUGUGGUUUUGCAUUAUUCUAGAGUCCCAUUAUGAUGAUCAUGAUCCAGUUAGGUGGGUUAUCUCCCUUUACACUACCCCAGCGCUGGAAAAUGGCCAACAUAUUGACACCAUGUGACUUUUAUGACUGAAAGACAACUGUUCCCUGUUUGAUGUGUCACUGCCAUUACUGCUCUUGACCAUAGUUUACAGGUGGUAGAGGAGUGUCAAGUGAGAUACCCACCUACUGGUUGCAGUACACCAAGUGAUAUAGACAUUGUGGUACCCCAAUGAGUGCAAUCCUAUCCAAUUUUAGUUUCUAUUUAUAUGUGAAGCAUAUUUUUUACUUUUGUUUCCAAGUAUUUAUACAACUAUUUGUCUAUUUACCCCAUAUUGACAGUGAUAUUUAUGAGUGGUACCAUGCCUGUACUAGUUCCCAUUUUAAUAUAAAAUGUAAAAUGUACAAAAAGAGAAUUUAGUCCUUCCAACUUAAGAUCACAUUAUUUCACGUCCAUUAUUAAUUCCAAGCUCAUAUCCCAUUUUGAAGUUGUAUAAUUGUCCAUAUUCAAACACGUUGCCCAUGAAAGAACACAUGAAAGGACAUCAUUUUUUUUCACAAUUCUCACGUUUUAGACGAAUGUACAGAAACAUGAUAAAAAUACAUCAUUUUAUGAUUUUUAACCCAUUUAAUGUUAUUGUAUGAAUCUUUCCAAUUUGAUUGUAGGAUGUGAUUUGUCCAAACAUUGUUAUUUUCCCCAUAGUUUGUUUGAAAUUGUUGGAUUGCCUGAGAAUGUUUAAUUAUCACUUCUACCUACCUUGUUUGGCUACUCACAUACGAAGUAUCGUGAGGCCUGAAUUUUCAAGUGCUGAGAAAGCACUGAGCUCCACACAAAAGACUGUGAUGUUUAUAGUUGUAAAUAAGUUUCACUUGAUCGGUGGUAUCGGUACAAACCCACACCACUUACUGUUUAUCUUGUUUGCCCGUAACUCUGCAAAUGUAUCAUUUAAGUCCAUUGUUUUAAUUUUUACAGAUCGUUUUUAUGAAGCUUCACAGCUCUCAAUUCUGUUUAAUUCAUUCAUUACAUUUAUGAAAUAAUCUAGUUUAGUUUCCAACCAUUUCGAUUGUUUGCAGUAGCUCCCUGUGCACAUUCCCUACCUCAGUAACCAUGGAUGAUACGUAGUUAUUUCCCCUUAGAUCAUGCCAUCUCCUCAGAAACAUGCUUGGGGAGUUGUCAGCCCUUUUAUCCCUUUACUACAUAUAAAUGAAGGGCUACCUUUUCACGACAAUAAAGCUCAGUUUGAUGUUUCAAUUUUAUUUCUCAAAAUAUUUUUCGUAAUUUUUGUUUGUCUCCUAUUUUCAUGAUAUCUUUCUGAUAUUUUCACUUUUUUAUGUUUUUGAUUUAACACUACAGGGAUCUUAAGUAUUCAUGGCAGUCCACUGAAGCUUAUUACAAUUAGAUUUUUGUUGGGAUUGUUCCGUUUGUCAAAGUAUUUUCAUGAGAAUGUACAGUGUUCUCAACUUAGCAUGCAUUUGUUAGGAUUUAUCCACCCCAGGGUUAUAGUUUUCCCUCUUGCAGAAUUUGCUGGUCUAUUUUCAGUAUUUCUAUAAUUACCACUUGGUAUUUGCAAUGGAACAUGAGGAGAUAGUGCUAUAGGUUAUAUAGCUAUCAAAUCUUAGUUUCCAGGGAGCAAGUAAAUGUUGGAAUGUUUCAGAUCGAAUAAAAUAUCUUUUUCUCCUGAAAUCAAUGUGUGUAUUCUUGCCCAGAAUGAACUCCCCUUAAAGUGUCUCUCUUCACCAUCAUAAUCUGUUUGUGAAAAACUUUUAAUCUGACAUAGAUUUUGAAAAAUUGUUGAAUUAUACAUUUCUGAAACCAUGUACCAAGGUUACGAAGUACUAUACAGAUUUGUUGAUCUAUUGACAUAAUUAGCCUGAUUACACAUUGCUUUUGAAUGGAUUCACUUCGGAAUGGUAUACUUUAUUAUGGAUUUAAAACUUUGUAAAUAUUCAAGAAGUAAGAUAAGUAGGAUUAGUUUCUUCUCUCUACAUACAAUUAUACAUAGUCUAUGUGCUUCUUACUCUGAACUCGUCACGAUAUGGCUGAAAUAUUGCCAAUGUGAUGUUAAAUCUUAAUUCACUCACUCUUACUCUGAACAUAAGUUAUGGGUUUAUGAAUCAUUGUAUCUAUGUAAACAUUCUGUAUUUGUUAUUCAUAUAGUGAUUCGAAUCCAUUUGUCAAUGAUCUCAAUUCACUUACAUGUACAAGGUCUUUAAUCUGUCAAAUGUUUGAUUUGAUUCUGGGGAAGGAAGUGGGAUAACAGAAAAAGUCAAAUGGAAAGGAAGAAAAGAACAAAAGAUAUUUAUUGUAUUUUUUCUGUUAGACUACAUGACUCAGAGGAUAUUCCAUACCUUUACAUUUAAUUACAUGUUAUGGUAGGGACUAUAGUUUAGGAGGGGGCCAGGUAUUGAUCACGUGAAGAAAUACAGCUAAGGCCACAUCAGAUCAAUUACUUGUUCUUCAGACAAAAACGUUUUUACCAAACAUGAAGAAGAUUUUAUGAUCUUGCUUUAUUCUUCUCCAGUAUUAUGAACUUUCAUGACAAAAUAAACAGUUGCAGUAAUCAUAGGAUACUGAAAUAUCAUUUCAGUGUAUUUCAGCAAACAUGAAAGCGAAAAAAAAGAUUUUCUUAAGAGGUUUUGUACUUAUUCCUCUCCUUACAUCUUCAAGAAAUUUAUUUAAUGUGGCCUUAGAAUGACAAGAAAACUUUCUUAGAUGGAAUUUUGUAUGCAUUUUACGCCUCAAUUGUACAUAUGUUACAUAGACCACCCAUAGUGAAUAUUUCUGUCUCAGAAACGAUUGUUAUGAACACUUGUUAUGUAUUCAAAUGCAACAAUGUGAAUUUGUGCACUUUAAGUCUACUUUGUCUUUGAGUCCUUUACAGUGAAAUUGUUUUUGUACAUAUGUAACAUAAUUUGUGAGUAUCGUCUGGUGGAUUAUGUUGUAGGGAUCAUGGAUUACGCUCACAAAUUGCAAAAUAAAUUGGGAUAUAAGAUACCAUAAGGAUAUUAUGAACCAUUUUUCAGCUGUUCAUUUGAUAAAUUUAUGUGAGAUGUUCAGGGUAAAGUUUUAAUACUUAUUCCAUUUAACAGAUGUUAAAGGAAAUAUUGUCAAAAAGAGUUUUCAUCUGAAUAGAUGCAACUUACUUGUUAUUUAGUUAUGUGAUUCAGCUUCAGUAAAACUUGAUAGAAAAGUAUCUUGUUGUGCCUCAGUAUUAACAGAAUCUACUUAAGUAAAUUAUUGUAAUUGUAAACUUUGAAACAGAAAUUCCACUAUUUUCACUUUGUCACCUUCUACUUGCACAAUACCAGUUGGGGUACACACAAUUCACUUAUUUUUUUCAAUUAAAUUGUUUAACAAACUUUAGCUGUAUGAAGUAAAGUGAAACCUCACCUGUUUUCAUUGAACCGUCAUUAUGUUCACAAACUCAACUGGUGUGUCCACACAGCACUUUAGAUAUGUACACAUUAAUUCGCUUGAAUCAAAAUUUAAUUUCUCACUUUUAACUUGAUAAAUUAUAUUGUAAAAAUUCAAUCUAUGCAAAUAUACUAUUUACUUUGACAAAGAACCAUGAGUGAAUUGUUUACAUUCUGACAGAUUUAAUAGGCCUAGAAAGGUUAGUGCACUGGCGAGUAUGUUUUACAUGUCUUUGUCUUAUGGGUCUUAAGCAAUAAGGCAAACCAGUAUUUCUUUCUUGUUGUCAAAUAUCAACUGAUGUUAUUUACUUUAAGUGAAACUGCAUUAUAACAGAAACCAUCUGAAACAUUUCUUAUGCAUUCUGUUUUUAUGCCAUCAUGUAUAGCAUUUCUCUCUGCUUGCAUUGCUGAGAUUAGAUGUAGGCAGAUGAAAUCAAACUUGUUUUUCUUCUUAAGGCAGUCAUGUAGAAAUAUGUGAUACCAUAGAGAGACCCACUGGGACCUUUGUUAUUGUUGCUCUUUAAUGUGAUAAUGUAAUGGUGGAUUGAUGACAAACCAAUGAAAACUAUGUAUUGUUAUGAACAAUACCUAACUGAGCACAAUUUUUUCAAAUUGUUUUCUGCACAAGAAGAAAUAUAUUCUAGCUAUCCAGAAUACAUAGAUUGUUAGACUAUUGAUUCUUUCUGUAGAGUUUAAGUAUUGUCAGUAAUAGCAUUGAUAAUAUAAAUCACAACCCAUCUUUCUCUGGGAGUUAUGGACCUGGUGAUUAUCUGUAAAUUACAAACAAAAAUUCUUUUGUCUGUGAGAAAAAUGCGAUUGUGGAAUAAUUUACUGAUAAUAUCAUCAUCUUAACAUCUCUGCAGUAGUAGCCAAACUCUACAUAAAUAACGUUGUUAUAUUUUGCAGGGUUUUUGUGUUGGGGCUGAACAUAUUCAUGAUUUAUCUCAUAUUAUGUUUGUUAAAAUGAAUUUAACAACUUUUUGAAUGUCACUGUUAGAGUCAUAUUUAGCUUUAACAAAAACUGAAUGCCAAGAACAGGAAGGGCAUUCUUAAAUGGACACUAUGUCAUUGCUUUGGGGGUUGUAAGUCUGGCAGUUAAACCUUAAGACUCAAAUAGCAGUUGUCGGCACAGAAGACCAGAACACAUGUAAUUUUCAUCCAGAUUUGUUCUUAUAUCCUUUGCUUACAAUGGAGUAGAAAAUGAGAAUGUUCUGACCAUGAUGCAGUUGUUGCAGGUUCAGCACUGUGGCAUGAGUACUGUUUUAAAUUGAAUAAAAUAGCUCUUGAGAAAUGCAGGUCUGUGGAACCUUAUCUUUACAAUGGCAUGAUGCCCAAAGAGAUAUUAAGAAGGAAGCUGAAUGUCUUUACCAUUAAUAUAUUGAUAGAUAAUGUUUUUGAAAAUAUAUAAAUCCUUUUAUUAUAUAUUAGCUUUUAAGCUAUUAUUCUGUAAUCUUAUCAUGGUAUGUGCAAUUGAUGAAAGGUCGAUUAUUACCUGUGUCGACAACAACGAUGCUAGAAAUGCCAGCAGAGCAGCAACUCAUCCAUCCCAAGGACAGGAGCUUGAAUCUCUCCUUACCUCACAGUCGUUUUGUCUCUGCCUCCCAUUCCAUCAAUGUUUACCAUGGAUAGGUAUUGUGGUGUUUGGUACUCCAAAUUAUUAACAAGUCUGAUAUUGUUUUUAUUGUCUUUUGAAUAAAGGGUUGAAAGCU